CGGACGGUUCAUUUGUUUGUUGGAAAUGUAAAAUAUGACGAUUAAACAUUACAUUUGCCAGACAGUUAAUCAUGGGAUCAUAUUAAACGAAUUUUGACUAGGCUACAAUAAGAAAGUACCAUGAAUAUUAGUGGAGUUUCAGGAGUUACGGAAUUGGAUCCGUAUCCAUUUGAAGAGUUUGCUCCAACGUUAUCUCAAUGCUAUGCUAUAGUCUUAGCCGGAUAUUUGGCAGCAAAAACUCAGCUCCUGUCUCCAAGUGAUAUUCGAGGAGUAAACGCCUUUGCCAAUUAUUUUGCAAUGCCUGCAAUCAUUUGCGUAUCAUUAUCCGAUGCAAAUUUUGGAGACUUCAAUUGGGAGCUUUUGUCGGGAUUGGUGGUUGGAAAAGCUUUAGUCUUUGUUCUGGUAGCCUCUUUAACUUAUUGCAUCAGCGGGAACAUUGGGAUUGCUGGUCUUCUUGCCAUUUUUUGUGUGCACAGUAAUGAUUUACCAGUGGGAAAUCCAUUAGUAUCUUCCCUGUACGGGUAUUACAGACCACAUAUGAUAAAGUACCUGUUCCUGAUGCCAGCUUUGACUUUUGCUAUUUUCUUACCCAUUGGUAAUUUUAUGGUGGCUGUCAACAGGUUGAGAAAACCACCUGUGAAUCCAUUUCCAUCAACAAGUUUCAACAGUCCAAAUAAUUUGGAAAAAUCUUCAUUGGUUCGUGAAUUUGUAACGACUUUUUCCGGUGCUCUUAAAAGUCCCGUUGUCAUAGCAACAUUUUCAGGCCUUAUAAUGAACGUUUUCUUCCGAGGGAAUGUGCCUAAAGUUUUGCAUAAACCUAUUCACGUAGUGGCUGCCACCAUUCCGGGACUCGCCCUUUCUUUGCUUGGAUUCAGUUUCGUGCGCAAAGAAAGAUAUUUUUUGAGUUCUGGGAUUAUCCUAGCCGUGGUUCUCGUUGCUGUCAAAAUGUUAUUAACUCCUUUGCUUAUGCACGUAACAGUAAAGAUUCUUACGCCCAAAUUGAAGGAAUUCAAAGUGUUGACUGAUUUCUCCUUACUUUAUGGAAUAAUUUCUCCAGCAACUAUCGUUUUCCAAAUUGGGCAAGAAUACAGGAAACUUCUUCCUGCUAUGAGUGUUGCUCUGAUACUGUCCAGCUUACUGUGUUUCCCGCUUUCGUAUUUAGUAGCAAGAUUCACCAUUGCUCCUGUGAACAAAUUGAGUUACUAUAUUCCACACUUGCAAAACUCCUUAUUCUUCAUAGCUUCCUGCAGCGUCGUAUGUGACGUGUUUGUUUGGAUUUCGAUUGCAUGGAAGAAAAAAUGGUGUAAAGUUCCUUUUUGUUAUGUAACGCAUCUUGCUUUCACUCAGAUGCUAACUUCAUGUGGUAUAAUAAUGUGGUGUUUGAGCAGCGAAGAGUCCUGGGCGUUGUAUUGUCAAAUGGCUCUUUACUAUGGGGGAGAAAUUUCUGGAUAUUUAUGGUCCGGCACUAUGGCCGUGAUCGUCACCUUAAGUAAUAAGUAUCCUGAAUUAGCCGGAAAAGGUUAUCCAAUUCUGUCUUUCACAGCUUUCUUCCUGUCGGCAUUGAUAACAUGUGUGAUGUGCUCACUGAUACCUUACAAUGACGUUCAAAAAGUUUACAUUGUUGGACGAGCCAGAACUAACUUUGCAUUUCUUCAGCUUAUUGUCACUUCUGUUCUCCUUAUCGUCUGUUUUGUCCUAAUUUCCUUGUGCCUCCUUAUACAUUUCAAGAAUUCUUUCCGUAAAAAAUCCAUAUGCUCUGACCGCAUUUUUUGCUUAGAAAAUGACCCGAACGAGGAAAGCAUCUGCAAAUCAGCGAAGCGAUCAAGUUUGGAGAAUAUCAAAGAUGUGUUUACAAGAAAGAAAGAAGGCGAGUUGUAUUCGAAAGAGAACAGGAGUGAUUACAUUAAAAUAGGUGAAGAGGACAUGGAAAAUGAAUGGACGUUCAAACUGUACAGUUUAAUUCUACUUAUUUGGCUCACAAUGACUUUGAAAAUUAUUGCAAAUAUCUUUAAAUUAGUUCACAGUCAAGCUCUGGAAAUCAUGGUUCCUCUGGAAUUUUUACAGUCAUCGCUAUUUGUUGGGCAGGGUAUUUUCAUUUUCUUAACCUUCGGAAUCGAUCUCCGGACUGUUGGCAUAAGCAUCGUUAAAAAAUGGCGCAAUUUUCGAUACGGAAAAGAAAACGUCCUCUUAGAGGCUUCAUUACACGAUGCGACAAGCGAAGAAAAACUAUUCUGCAAACAAUUUUACGCAUUUUACUUCAAACAUUGUGUUCGAGACUUGGCAAAGGACAGAAAAUGGAAAUCAGCAGUGUACAGAAAAUGCUUUUGGGGACACCAGCUCGUUGAUUGGUUAAUCGAAGAGAGAAUUUGUCAAGAUGACGCCGAAGCUGAAGAUUACGGUCAGAAACUACUGCUUGGUGGCGUCAUACGCCACGUUACAGAAACUCGCCAUUUCUACGACGCACCAUACCUUUAUAAAUUUGUUGGAGAUACACAACAAACCAAGUGAUUGAUGAAACAUUAACUUUCCGGUGUACAUCUUUUAUUGCAGGCAUGGGCAGGCAUAUGCAAAAUUUUAAGGGGAGGGCUCAGAUAUUCUCCCCAUGGCUUAGCAGGAUAUUUUCUCCAUGGAAACUGAUUUCAGUACAUUUAGAAUUAUUUAAGUUUGACAUUUUUAAUAACUUAUUCAUUAAUGGCUGUAUAAGAAAUAUUUUUACAUUUUUGCUAAGAAAAAAGUACUAAAAGUAAGAAAGUUCUAAUUUCUGGGGGGUGGGCUUGAGCCUCCACUUAACCCCCUAUAUGGGCGCCCAUGAUUGCAGGGGUUCUCAACCUGGGGAACCACCCUUUUAGGGAGUAGAAGAAUUUCAAGGGAGGCGUUAAUGUAUUUAAAAGAAAAGUAAAACUAACUAUAGUUGACUCAAUUUUGAAGUCACUUGUAAAUAUUGUCGACACUAUCGCCGUUUCUGAAAUUUCAAGGCAGUUUUGAUCCAUAUCCCUGUGAAUUUGAAUUUGCCGCAUUAGCAGGCAGAAAGUCAAAAUACAGUAAACUCUCGAUUAUUGUCGGUCGAAUUAUCGGUGGGUCUUUUCACAAUUAAAAAAAAAUGUAUUUUUAACGGUCAUUCAAUGUUUUUUUUUUUAAACUUAUGAUUGUGUUAUUGUUUUGUUUUUGGCUUUUACAUAUGUAUAUUUUUUACAUUUAAUGUUAGUAGAUGAAAUGUAGCAAAGUUUUUAGCUAUAAUUUAAAUGUUUGAGUGUUGUUCAUAUUUUUCAGCUAUUGUAUACAGUAGUAUCGUUUUAUAGGGCCAUUCCACCGUCACGUGCGGGACAAAAAUACGCUUAAAUUUCAUUAGCAUUUCGUCAUAUCUCUGAAGAUUUUAAAUAAACAGGGGUAAGCAAUUUUUAUAAUCCUUGCAUUUGAUACAAAGAUACUCCUGACACAAUUAUAUUUUUAUUGAACAAUUUUGUUAUUUAAAAUAAAAUUUAUUUACAUGUGUCACGUGCGGGACAUCCAAAAUCAACCUCUGGCUUAUGAAUGAGCUCAUAUUUUUGCUCUAUUAUUACAGCAAUGACGAAACAAAUUGUAGACUUUGAAAGCUGAGGUCCCAAUGUAAAGGAAACAUAUCUCAUUAGUUUAGAAAUAAUAAUUGAUACCAUUGAAAAAAAAAAUAUGUAUAUGCCCAUUCCAUUGUAAAUGGUCAUUUUGUCCCACACGUGACGGUUCCUAUAUUUCAUUAAAAAAAGAAAUAAUUUUUGAAGAAAGUUUUUGCUUAAGAAGUCAUACAUGCGUUCGUGAUUUCUUAAGCAACAAAAUUUUGUUUAUCAUCAUUUUAAAUUAUUAUAUUUUAUGAAAUGUAUGAAGCGUCACUUGCGGGACACAAUUAUCAUUUUCCGUGGAAUGGCCCUACACCUAUUAUUCGGAUUAUCCGCGGUUUUCGCUUAUCCGCGGUUACCGCGCCACCUUAUUCCGU